AUGACGUCUCUGACUAGCGUCAUUGCCUCCCGCCAAUCUGAAUGGGUGUCCUUCACUGAUGAGCUGCUCCUCCCUGUUAACCCACGAGGAAGCACUGAGAAGCCUCUGAAGCAAUGUUUUUCUUCCUUGGACACCUCCUCAGAAGAGAAGCACAACGCAGAUGGAGAAUUUCAAGAUCUCUCUCACACGGAGCUGGAAGAUGCAGCUGACAAAUCCAAGGUGGAUUCUGCUGUGCUUGGGAACAAUGUGUGUCCCAGCACUAAUUUGUCGUCAUCCAUCAGUGCUUGGGUGCAGUUUGAAGAUGCACCAUGGACCAGUGCUCCAUCAACCCACCCACAAGCAGUAUCUCCAUCAAAAGCACCUAGAUGGACUUCCCCCUCCUCCAACUCUUCAGAGAGGCAAGCCCAUGCUUCAGAGAGCAGCUGGACAACAAACUCAGAGGACACCAGCAGCCCUAGCAUUGCUCCCUCCUACACAGAUCUGCAGUCAAUUAAUACUGAGGACUUGACCAGUGGUGGAACAUCUGCAGCAGAUUCAGCUGACAAUUCCUCAUCUCUCCAAGAAGAUGAAGAGGUAGAUAUGGAGGCUGUCAACUGGCAGCUGAACAGCAGCUCCAUGAAUGGACAUUCAUCUACCCCAAACACAGUUCGCUUUCCCAGUUGGGUAACUUUUGAUGACAAUGAAGUCAGUUUUGCGCCGCAGAAUCUUUCUCCCUUGAAAACAGACACUCCACCUGCAGAAACACAGACUCCAGAUGUUAACUUUAACACUACAUCCUUUAAGAAAAGAGAACGUCCUAAAAGCACAUUGGGAGACCUUUCCAAAAUUCAAAAACUAGAUCUCUCCUCCUUAACCAAGUUGCCUUCUGUUGAAACACCACCAUGGAGUGCUACUAAUCCAUUCCUGGAUGAAUCUCUGCGAGAUGUCCAACCCUCACCCAUCAAUCCAUUCAGUUCAUUCUUUGAGGAGCAAGACAGGCGUUCUAAAAGCUCUUCUGUCUCCAGUGCUCUAGGCAAAAGCCAAAGAGAUUCUCUCAUUAUUCUUCAUCAAGAACCUGAUACUAUCAGUUUCCAUGAGGCAAACAAAAGUGUAACUCACAUCGAUGCUGUAGAGCAGCUCAAGCAACUCCAGAUUGGAGACCCAGAUCAUGUGAGCAGCCCUACCUUGCCUGAUGAUGACCCUGUGAUGCCAUAUGAUCUGGAUGCAGCCUUAUUUAACCUGGCACCAACUCAGCCAAAGGAUGGAUGGCCAAUGAUGCUUAGGAUCCCAGAAAAGAAGAAUAUUAUGUCAUCCAGGCAUUGGGGACCAAUAUAUGUCAAGCUGACAGACAGUGGAUGUAUACAGCUUUUUUAUGAGAAAGGACUGGAGAAACCUUUCCGGGAAUUCAAACUUGAAAUCAAUCAUGAGAUCUCAGAGCGCAAACUGCAGAACUAUGAUGAGAAUGGAAGGAUACACAGUGUGCGAUUGGACCGCACAACCUACAAGGAGAAAAAGAAGUACCAGCCUAAGCCAGCCAUUGCUCACACAGCAGAGAGAGAGCAAAUUAUCAAGCUCGGGACGACAGAUUACGAAGACUUCCUUAGCUUCAUCAGUGCUGUGCAAGACACACUGAUGAAGUUGCCAGCCUCAUCAACAGAUCUGAGCACAGUGGGACUAAACUAUCAAGAAGAAGAAAUCACGAUUGAUGUCAGGGAUGAGUUUCAUGGUAUCUUGGCCAAAGGAGAUGGUGUGAUUCUUCAGCACAGUGUGCUGACCCAUAUCUAUGUUCUCAGCUUCCUUUCUGGCCUAGCAGAAUGCAGACUGGGCCUUAAUGAUAUCCUGAUCAAAGGUAAUGAAAUAGUUGCAAGGCAAGAUAUUAUGCCCACUACUACCACUAAGUGGAUUAAAUUAUACAGCUGUCAGUUCCAUUCAUGUGUGGAUGAGGAUAUGUUUAAUAAUUCCCGUGUUAUCCUGUUCAACCCCUUGGAUGCCUGCAGGUUUGAACUAAUGCGAUUCAGAACUGUCUUUGCUGAGAAAACUUUGCCUUUCACCCUCAGGACAGCUGCCAGCAUCAGUGGUGCUGAGGUGGAGGUGCAGAGCUGGCUGAUGAUGUCCACGGGAUUCUCUUCCAACCGUGACCCUUUAACUCAGGUCCCUUGUGAAAAUGUGAUGAUCCGCUACCCAGUGCCAAAUGAGUGGGUGAAGAACUUCCGAAGGGAUAGUGUCCUGGGGGAGAAAUCUUUGAAAGCCAAGGUGAACAAAGGGGCCACUUUUGGAUCAACCAGUAUGUCUGGUUCUGAGCCAGUAAUGAGAGUAACUUUGGGAACUGCCAAAUAUGAGCAUGCAUUUAAUUCUAUCGUAUGGAGGAUAAACCGACUACCUGACAAAAACUCAGCUUCUGGACAUCCUCACUGCUUCUUUUGCCACCUAGAGCUUGGUUCUGACCGGGAAGUGCCUUCCAGUUUUGUCCGCUAUGUAGAUGUGGAAUUUGACAUGCCCACCACUUCUGCGUCCAAAGCCACUGUUCGGUCCAUCUCUGUUGAGGACAAGACUGAUGUGAGGAAGUGGGUCAACUAUUCAGCACACUACAGUUACAAGGUUGAAAUAGAGAAGAAAAAAAGCUUGAAUGAGGAUCUGAAGGGAGAAGAUUCUGCAAAUGUCAAUGAAUGUGCUACACAGUGA